CAAUUAUUAAAUUGGUGCAGCUAUUCCAUCAAAUAUAUUUUUUAAAAUGUGAGCGCGUUACACAACAUCUCGAGGUCUGUUCUUUUCAAUUGAACCUUUUACAUGUGCAAAGCUAAAAGAACGGACUUCGAGACCGUUGAGCAAGCGCGCUGAGCCGGCCUACACGCGCGCUAUCUCCCUAUCAUUUGUUUUCCGAUGUUAGCGGAAUUUUAGUGCAGAUUGUUUUACGAUACGUAAAGGUGUUGUUGGUGUUGCGUGUGUUGUGUUGCUUCCCAUUGUUCCCAUUUAGCAAGAACGGUUGUGGCGAAGAUAAAGUUGGACAGUCAUGUACCCAAUAAUUUACCUGCCUUACCUCUACAAUCUAUAAAUGAUCUUCGAAAAUUUGAGAAAUACUUGAGAGAGCCAGAAAAUAUGUCAGCUACGAUUAAAUAUAUUAGUUUUUAUGGAAGUGAUCCAGAUGAAACAAAAGCAACGAUGAAUGUGAUGAAAAAAUUAAUGUACAACUGUUUGGCAAAAAACAUAAAUUUUAAAGGUCUUGAUCCCAAUUCAUCAAAAAUUCCUCUUGAACAAUGUCAUAUGUGGGACCUAAUUCAAGGUGCUGUGAUGUGUAAUAAAAAAGAAAAUUGUGACAUUAAUAAACUGAAGAGAGCAUGUCAAAAUUGGUUGAAGCAAGCUCCACAUCGGAAGCAAGAAAUUGCAUAUAUUCCUGUUAAGACUCCUGACGCCUCACCGAGAACUCCGUAUUGACGGUAGUAACGUUUCGUCGCGGACAAAAUUAGAGCUAUAGUAGAAACGUGACAGAUUGACGACGAAAUGUUGUGUAUGUCAUUCCAUUAUUAUAUAUUCCAUUGUGAAAAUUUGACUUAUCUCAUAUUUACCAAAUUUGUAAGAAUGGACCGCAAGUAAAGUUUCUUUGAAGUAAUACAUAAAAGCAUAUUUCACUCCUUUCAAUAUCCAUGUGUUUUCCUGUUUGAAUAGGCAUCACUUUACGUACUUUUAACGACUAUUUACUGACAGGCGGAAAAAGGAUAGUCAAGACCCAUUUUUACAAGUGUUUUAAAGCGAUUUUGUUAUUCUAUUUUAUUCAAAUUCUAUUUAUAAAUGCCACGUCGGAAAUUUUAGUUCAACUGUGUGUUUUCUUGUCUGAAUGGUUUCAUUUUAUGUGCUUUUUACGACUAUUUACUGACUAUUGGGCGGAAAAAGAUUAGUCAAGAUUCAUUUUUACAAGUUUUUUUAAAGCUGUAUAUUAAUAGAAACGAAUGUAAAUAAACGUUAUUAAAACUA